AUGACUGGGAGGAAGAACUCUCUAGUAGAUCUCAAAUUGGAGGGAAACAACUAUGUAACUCUGGGUGAUGGAGAAAUAAGAGAAGUCAAAGGUAUUGGAAAGACAGAAGGACAGAGUAUUCCUAAUCUAAAUAAUGUCCUACUUGUACAAGGACUGGCUGCAAAUCUCAUAAGCAUCAGUCGACUAUGUGAUGAAGGAUUCAAUGUCAGGCGUGACACAGGUUUUGUCUCAAAAAGUUUCAGAAUGUCGCAGCAAUCGAGUGAUGGAUCUCCCGUAUCUGACUCGGAAACACCGGAAGAGUCCUCUAACCCUAAUAGGAUUCUUAAGGUUGUCCCUGUAAGGACGAUUAGCAGUGACGAAGUAAAGGCCACAAAGCCUAAAACGACACAUGCAAAACGGCCCAAGGAGGGUAUUCGUAACAAGGGCACCAAACCCUCUUCAUUUGCUACCAUGGAGGAACUUACUAAAGAAGGAUCCAAAUAUGAUGAUAGCACAAUUACCAAGAUUGUUACUCGCAUUCUGAAGGAAAAUCAUCAAGUUCCUGGAAUAUCUUUUCCUCUUCAAACCAUAAUGGUUGAUUCCCUCAAAAACACCAGUAAGGCUGAAGCUGUUCACACCGUUGAUAGUGACCCAACUGAAGAGGAGAUCAACAAGGAUGGACAAGGGAUUGCUAAGAAUACCAAUGUUACUGAGGAUGUCAAUGACAUCGAAGAUAAUGAGCACCCUAAGGCCAAUACUGAAACUGAAACUAAUGUGGUAGACUUAGAUGAGUACUCUGACAACGAAUUACUUACCUUCUUGAAUCCUAGUGUAGCCAACAGUCUAAUGACAAGAAGGAAAGACAAAGCUGUUGUCCAAAGAUUCCCUAAAAAGAGCACACAAGUGAACAACCCUGCCAAAGACUCUGUCGGGAAGAAGAGUACUUCUGCUUGUCCUAUCAAGAGUAAAGCUGUAACCAAGAGUACAGGGGUUGGUCCAUCAAAAUCUUGGAGCAAGGUCAUUCCAAAGAAAAGAAAGGAGCGGGAAAUUGUUGAACCUGAGUCUGAUGUUGAAGUGAAUGUCCCUGACAUCCCUUCAAGGAAGAAGCCUACAACCAGCAAGCUUGCUGCAAGUAUUCCUGAAGUUCCUAUUGAUAAUGUGUCAUUCCAUUAUGCCUCUAGUGCCAGCAGGUGGAAGUAUGUACUCCAAAAGAGAUUGGCUGUUGAAAGGGAAUUGGCUCCAAAUGCUCUUGAGAACAAGGAGGUAUUAGAGCUAAUUCAAGAAGCCGGGCUAUUGAAGACUGUUUGCAAUCUUUCCAAGUGUUAUGAGAAGCUGGUCAAAGAAUUUGUGGUAAACUUAUCUGAAGACUGUGGAAACAACAGGAGUGUGGACUACAGAAAGGUGUUUAUGAGAGGUAAGUGUGUAUCAUUCUCUCUGUCUAUGAUUAAUAAUUGCUUGGAAAGAAUAGAUGAAACUCAAACUGGGCUUGAAGUAACAGACAACAAAGUUUAUCAAGUAAUCACAGCCAAGCAGGUAAACAGCUGGCCCCUAAAAGAGAAGCUAACUGCAAGUAAGCUGAGCAUCAAGUAUGCAAUGCUUCACAAGAUAGGAGCAGCUAAUUGGGUACUAAUGAAUCACAAGUCCACUAUUUCAACUGUGCCUGGCAUAUUUCUAUAUGUUGUAGGAACAAAGGCAAAGUUUGAUUAUGGAUCAUAUAUUUUUGACCAAACCAUGAAGCAUGCUGGAAGCUUCAGUAUUAAGGGUCCAAUUGCUUUCCCGUCCCUCAUGUGUGGUAUAAUUCUGGAUCAGUAUCCAAACAUUCUCAAUGAACAUGAUGUAGUGUACAAAAGAGAAAGUCCCUUGGCCUUCCAUUAUAAACUGUUUCAGGGUAAGCAUGUUCCAGACAUUGUCAUGACAUCGGCUGAAACUUCCAAAUCUGGAGCAUUAGUCAGCAAAGCAGAAGUCAUAGCAAUGUUAAAAGAGACUUGUAAAGAGCUGGAAUCUAGAAAAAUAUCUCUUGAAAAAAUGAUAAGUACUCUGGAAAUGGAUGAGAAUGAGGAAUUUGCAGAUACUAAAGAAAUGGGAGAUAAAGAUGAACAAGAUAAGGAAGGAGAAUCAGAAAAAGAAUUGGAAGAAGAAAGUGUUAGUCAUUGUUUCAGGGUAAGCAUGUUCCAGACAUUGUCAUGA